UUGAAACAUUCCGCCGCAAUUAUAUUCUGCAUUUCUGUAAUAAUUUUUAAGUAAUUUAAUAAUCAAUUAAUUUGUUAAGUACAAAUAUGACUAAUUUAAUGCGCUGGUUGAUGUACUUGGGAUUUUUUGCAGUUCCUUAUGUUGCAAUUCUCACUGGAACCAUUAAAUCACAAGUGUUUGAAAAUUUUAUGUUUCAUAUUCAAAUACUUCCAUUAGUUUUAUUAUUUUUAUUUGGAUUAUAUUCGGCUAGCACUGUGCUUUACAGGACGCUUACUUUUAACGACUGUCCAGAAGCUGCAAAGGAACUUCAAAAUCACAUAAAAGAAGCUCGAGAAGAUUUAAUAAAGAAAGGUUUCAAAUUCCGAAAUUAGUUAUUGACGUAUUUACACAUAUGAAAAUGAAAAAAAUACACAUUAAAUUACUAUAAUCGCAUUGUGCUUUGUAUAUUUUCUUUUAAAUGUUUAGAAAUAAAAAGUCGCCUGAAGCUGUUUUUUUCAGCUCUUUGUUAUUACAGAGCAUGAAUGAAUACAAUAGCUAAGUGUAAAAGACUAUUUUUUUACACAUACAAUACAAUAAUUAGUAG